AUGAGUCAGAUCGCUCAGUCUGUGAGCGGCCAGCAUAAGCCAGGGCAAUUCCCAGGGCAGCCAACUAUAAAUCCCAAGGAUUGCAAGACGAUUCACUUGAGGAGUGGGACGAUUUAUGAGGGUCCUUCUAUGCCAGAGACCCCACCAAAGUUUAGAGCUGAGCCAGAGAAAGAAGCAGAGGCCGAGGUAGAAAUAGAGGAACUUCAACCUGGGGUGAACACACUAGUCAAGCCAGCAGAGGUCAGAGUGCCAUUCCCCCAGGUGCUCCACAAGAAGAAGAAGAAUGACCAGUUCGCCAAAUUUUGGGAGAUUUUUAAGAAGGUGCAGAUUAACAUCCCGCUGAUUGAGGCACUGCAGCAAAUGCCCGGAUAUGUUAAGUUUCUCAAGGAAGCUGUCGCCAAAAAGAAGAAGUGGGAGCAUCAUGAGACCGUCAACUUGACGGAAAACUGUAGUGCGAUCUUGCAAAGGAAGCUUCCGGCCAAGAUGGAGGAUCUGGGAAGCUUUACUAUUGAGUGCACUAUCGGAGACUACUUUGUGGAGAAUGCCUUAUGCGACCUUGGGGCAAGCAUUAACCUCAUGCCUUUGUCUUUCUAUAACAAGAUGAAGAUUGGCCAGAUGAAGCCCACAUCCAUCACGUUGCAGAUGGCUGACAGAUCAGUGUCCCGUCCAGUAGGUGUUGUGGAGGACAUAUUGGUGAGAGUGAAUGUGUUCGUCUUCCCAGCUGAACCCAACCAUUUCCUUCUUUGCUUGCCUCAGCUUCCUGGGAAACGGGAGUAUCGUUAA